AUGGAGGGCAUGAAAAAAGGCUCAAUACUGGAGACUGCAUUAAGAAGGCUCCGUGGUGUGACGGCCCUCAGGACUCAACACUCGGCCCCUCACCCAGGAGCUGUCGCCCGUCACCAGCCUCUACUAUCUACCACAGCCCGUCACCAGCCCCAUCCACCACAGCCCGUCACCAGCCUCUACUAUCCACCACAGCCUGUCAAGCCCCUACUAUCCACCACAGCCCGUCACCAGCCUCUACUAUCCACCACAGCCCGUCACAAGCCCCCAUCCACCACAGCCCGUCACCAGCCUCUACUAUCUACCUCACAGCCCGUCACCAGCCUCUACCAUCCACCACAGCCCGUCACCAGCCUCUACUAUCCACCACAGCCCGUCACCAGCCCUACUAUCCACCACAGCCUGUCAAAGCCCUACUAUCCACCACAGCCCGUCACCAGCCUCUACUAUCUACCACAGCCCGUCACCAGCCUCUACUGUCCACCACAGCCCGUCACCAGCCUCUACUAUCCACCACAACCCGUCACCAGCCUCUACUGUCCACCACGCCCGUCACCAGCCUCUACCAUCCACCACAGCCCGUCACCAGCCUCUACUAUCCACCACAGCCCGUCACCAGCCCCUACAUCCACCACAGCCCGUCAACAGCCUCUACUGUCUACCACAGCCCGUCAACAGCCCCACUGUCUACCACAGCCCGUCACCAGCCACCAUCCACCACAGCCCGUCAACAGCCUCUACUGUCUACCACAGCCCGUCAUCAGCCUCUACUAUCCACCGCAGCCCGUCACCAGCCUCUACCAUCCACCACAGCCCGUCACCAGCCUCUACUGUCUACCACAGCCCGUCACCAGCCUCUACCAUCCACCACAGCCCGUCACCAGCCUCUACUAUCCAACAGCCCGUCACCAGCCUCUCACUGCAUCCAGCCCGUACCAGCCCUCUACCAUCAGCCCGUCACCAGCCUCUACUGUCUACCACAGCCCGUCACCAGCCUCUACUAUCCACCACAGCCCGUCACCAGCCUCUACUAUCCACCACAGCCCGUCACCAGCCCUACCAUCCACCACAGUCCGUCACCAGGCUCUACUAUCCACCACAGCCCGUCACCAGCCUCUGCUCUCACAGCCCGUUGCAAAUACCCUCACCUGUCACAGCCAUUUCAGCUCUACUAUCCACCACAGCCCGUCACCAGCCUCUACCAUCACUACGCCAAAAGCCAGCUACUCCAUCCACCACAGCCCGUGCAUCUACUCUACUAUCCACCACAGCCUAUCACCAGCCUCUACUAUCCACACGGCCAUCCUGGCUGCCUACCUGCCCCGUCACCAGCCUCACGCCAUCCACCACAGCCGUCACCAGCCUCUACUAUCCGCCACAGCUCGUCAACAGCCUCUACUGUCCACCACAGCUCGUCAGCAGCCUCCUGCCGUCACGGCUCUCCUGUCACCACAGCCCGUCAUCAGCCUCUACUGUCUGCGUCACCAGCCUCGCUACUUGCCUACUUGA